AUGCUCAUGUCCGGGCCAGCGUACAUGGGGACCACUGUGCUGGUCCUCGCCUGGUUUCUUGCCGGCGUUGCUAUCUGUGUUGUUGGUACCAGAUACUAUGUCAGGUGGAAAAUCGUCGGGAGGUUCACAGUGGAUGAUGCGCUUAUUUUGAUCGCACUCGCCCUUGGGAUAGGAAAUUCUACAUUCCUAACAAUUUCCACCCAUUGGGGGCUAGGAACCCAUAUAGCAGAAUUAUCCAAACAGCAAAUUAUGUAUACGGUGAAAUGGGUAUAUCUCUGCGAAUUCUUCUCCAUCAUGUCGCCUGGGGUUAGCCGCAUCGCUUAUGCGUCGUUAUUGCUUGGUCUUCUUCCCCCGAUUCAAUGGCGAAGUCGAUUGCUUUGGACCCUAAUAUGGAUUCAAUUUGUGGUUGAUAUUGGGACCGUAAUAAUCAGCUUCGUCCAGUGCCGGCCGAUAUAUAAGUUCUGGGAUCCCAGUGCCCCAGGUCACUGCUGGCCGCCGACUGUGCAGCAAUAUGUAGGCUACUUUCAGGGCAGUGUAUGCUCCGCGGUUGACCUCGCCCUUGCCGUCUUUCCAGCCAGCAUAUUUUGGAAUCUGAACAUGGAACUUAAGAAGAAAAUAUCGCUUUCGCUCUUAAUGGGCCUCGGAGUCAUUGCAAUGAUUGCAUCAAUUAUCAAAACUAUCCAGUUGAGAGCAAUCACAGCAAGAGCGGAUAUCACUUAUGCUAUGGCCCAUCUCGCUACUUGGUGGACCUUGGAAGCGUAUCUCGUCAUCAUCGCAACCUCUAUACCCACACUAAGGCCCAUCAUGACACCGAAUAAACAAAGAGACGGCUCGAACAAGAGAUCGAAUGUCAGCGACUCCCACCAGUCCAGCUAUAUUCACAACAAACAGUUUGAAAAAACCGAUGAUCGAAAGCUUCUGGAUAGAAGCUGUGGCUCAAGGAAUAGUACCCCGAAUAAUACUGAGGUCUAUCUUAUGGAAGAGGGCAAGGGGCAUGACAGCUAUAGCUCUGAAGGAAUAGAUGGAAUAAAGAAGGUGACAACCAUUGGUGUGGCAUAUGAAGCCGCCACUGAUAAAGACCAGAGAAAGUCGAUGGGAACUGGUUUUGAAUAA